GCCACACAUCAUUGCCAAAUGCGGACCGAUUCCCCAACGCACGGCACGGGCUGAACAGCGUUGCACCGUUGCGAUGACGUCUCAAAAUAACACAUGUCUUGCAGGAUAACCCGUUUGUUUGAUCAGGCACAGGCAACUGCUUAAAUGCCAUGGUGCUAGUUCGCCACAACUUACCCUUGAUCGUCUUCAGACCGGGCAUUUCAGCCAACCAAUAAAUCCUACGUCGUAACGACACAUCUUGUAAAGUUCUAUCACGACCAUCACGACUAUCAUAACGUUCACUCCGCGGUGUCCUGCCUUGCUUUACAAGCGAUUCGCCUCGAACCUGUGACCUCAGAGUGGAGCUAUCACAUCAUAAUGGACCACUACCCUGAAGUUAAUGUUGAGGUAGAAGAGCAAUCCUCAAGUGCUUCUCGCCACGACUCUGCAUCUUCAGUCACAAAAGCAGCAGACUUCCACUCGCCUCCGUCACUUGUCCCGAGUAGACAACCGUCUCACACCAUGGCUUCCACUGCUACCUCUUCGACUGCUUCAACACAACAACGAACGUCUUCAGAUCCUUCCACAUCGGACACCGAUGGGUCACAAGAACGCAAGGACUCCAUCCACACGGACGAACAGACUGCCGAGAAGCUCAAAGCUGAAUUUGCUCGCUACACAGACGCACCACCACCGUACUCGGAGGAGCAGUACGAAAACAAGACCGAGGAACAGCAACUCAGCAUGAGGGUGCACGACUAUGCGAAAGAGCUUAGCAGGAUGAUGGGUCACCAGCUUGUGAGGGGUUUGAGAACCGACGACACUGAGCAAGAAUGAAAGGGCAUGGGGACGGUGACUGACAGGCGCAUCACUUUGAACACGUUUUCUGGCAGGCUGGUCCUGUAAGGUGUGAGCAUUUUAAGCGAAAUAUGGCGUUAAAGUGAGGCGCAGGAUACCAGUACUAGCUGGCAUUCGUCUCGAAUGACUGAGGCGAUCUUAAGAGCUUCAAUACGAUCGUGUCUACACCUCUUGCUUCUCUUCAUGCAUCUUUUGGUGAAAUGAAUUGCACCAGCUUUGGAAGU